AUGUUUUUACUUUUGUUCUUUUCAGCCGUUUUCAAAUCCUUGCUAUACGAAGCUUGUGGUCGGAUGGUGAACCCGGUUUUCGGCUCGACUAGGUUGCUCUCGACCGGGAAUUGGCAUUUAUGUGAAGCCGCGGUCAAAGCCGUUCUAAAUGGCACGCCGUUUCAGCAGGCUCCUUUGGGCGGCGCCGCAAGCCUGCAGCUCGAGGCUUGUGAUAUUCGCCACGUGGCAAAGAGUGAUAAAUCGUGCGACUCUAAUACGCUUCACAAGGUGAAGUCUCGCACCACCAAGUUCAAGCGCCAAGCCGUGAAGUCCAGAGUAGAGUCAGUUGUGGCUGAGUUGGCUGAAAGCGAGUUAGGUGGUCAUGGUUCAGUGAGUUGUGACACGGGAUCUGGGGUGACUCGGAUGAGUGAGAACAAAUUCGUUGAAGGGGAAGCCGAUAACGGCUCCGUGCAGAGUGUGGAGCCGGCUCUAGACAAUGGUGGAGAAAUAGAGCUUCAAUUGACAUUGGGGUGGGGUCCAGUGAAGAGACAAACGGCUUUGAUGACGCCACGUGUAGGGCUUGAUCUCUCUGGCUAGUUUGGUUCUUCUCAUUUCC